AUGUCUGCUGAAGAGGCAAACACCAUCCAGGACGAGGCACCCGUUGAGGUCCCCCAGAAGAAGGGCAAGCAGGGAAAAUACCGUCGUGACAAACCCUGGGACACCGACGAUAUUGACCACUGGAAGGUGGAAGAGUUCAAGCCCGAGUACAACCCUGCACCAUUCACAGAAGAGUCGUCCUUUGCAACACUCUUCCCCAAAUACAGAGAGAACUAUCUCAAGGAGGUCUGGGGACAUGUCACCCGUGCCCUUGACAAGGUCGGCGUCGCCUGUGUUCUGGAUUUGGUCGAGGGUUCCAUGACCGUCAAGACUACCCGCAAGACCUAUGAUCCUUAUAUGAUUCUCAAGGCUAGAGAUCUUAUCAAGCUCCUUGCCCGCAGUGUUCCCUUGCCUCAGGCGUUGAAGAUUCUCGAGGACGGGAUUGCAUCGGACAUUGUGAAGAUCGGAAACAUUGUGCGCAACAAGGAGCGGUUCGUGAAGCGUCGUCAGCGUCUGUUAGGACCUAACGGUUCAACAUUGAAGGCUAUGGAGUUGUUGACACAGUGCUACGUCAUGGUCCAAGGAAACACUGUCUCGGCCAUGGGACCCUACAAGGGUCUCAAGGAAGUCCGCCGAAUCAUCAUCGACUGCAUGAACAACGUUCACCCCAUCUACCAUAUCAAGGAACUGAUGAUCAAGCGUGAGCUGGCCAAGGAUCCCAAGUUGGCAGAGGAGAACUGGGAGCGGUUCUUGCCUCACUUCAAGAAGAAGAAUACCAAGCCUCUGAAGAAGAAGAUCUCGAAGAAGGACAAGAAGGAUUACACGCCUUUCCCACCAGCACAGACACCCAGCAAGAUCGAUAUGCAGUUGGAGUCGGGAGAGUACUUUAUGAAGCCCAAGGAGAAGGAGGCUCGUGCCAUGGAGCGGAAGAAGGAGGAACAAAAGGAGAACAGUCUCAAGAGACAGGCAGAGCGCGAACUGGCAUACGUGCCACCUGUCGAGGACGCACCAAAGAAGAAGAAGAAGAAGUCGUCUUCAUCAGACGAGUAA